UGCGGUGUGGGGGUGUGGAGGCCCCGAGAGGCCCCGAGGGGGCGUGAGGGUCCCGGCGCCCCGAUGCAGCAUGCCGGCGCUAUGGAUAACUCGCCGUGACGCCGCGGCCCCGACCCCAGGGGUCUGCUGGCGGCAUGCUGCGCGGGCGGCAAGCAUCUGCGGCGCUGGGUGGUGCGGGCAGGCUCACGGAUCACGGCCCUGUCCAAGCCCGGACGGCAGCCAGGACGGCAGCCCCGACGGCAGCCCGACGGAGGCUGAGUCAUAAUGGCGGCACCCGCGGCCAGGCGUAAGCGGCACACCCACAGGGACAGGGACCACGGCCGGCAGGAUGCGCAGUUGCCGACGAUAUCCGGUGCGCUGGAGACCCCUUCCCCGCGCGGCCACGGCCACGGCUGCGCCCGGGGAGCGGAGGCUGUGGUCCACGUGGAGUCAUCAUGUUCUGAUACGGGCACGGGGCCCGUGGGGCCCACCAGUCUGGUCGCGCUCGAGGACGCCUCCUCGGGCCGGGGCCCCAAUGCGACUUCUUCCCGGUUCCGCCGGGGCCUCAACAGGGUAGCCUCUUCGAUCCAGGCCCGGCUGGGGUGGGCGUCCCCGGGGCAGGGAGCGGAGGCGGGGGCGGGGGCAGCGAGGCUCCUCCCGCCCCCGUCAGCACCCCCGCACCUCCACCAGUGCACGCAGCCGCCCCCGAAGUCAUCCCACAACGAAGGGGUCCUCGACCUCCUUCGCAACCGGAGCCUCUCUUUCGACCCUUCACAGCCGCUGCACUAUCGGUGGCUCAUCUUCGUUAGUCUAGCCGUCCUGUACAACCUCAUCUUCACCAUCGGGCGCGCCGUCUUCUGGGAGCUGAACCGGGCCAUCCCCACCAAGAUGUGGUGGGCCUUCGACAUCAUCUCCGACUCCAUCUACAUGCUGGACACCAUCGUGCACAUGCACGAAGGCUACCUGGAGCAGGGCCUGAUGGUGACGGACGCGGCCCGGCUGCGCUGGAACUACGUCCGCAGCAACCGGUGGCGCUGCGACCUGCUGAGCCUCCUGCCCACGGACUUCGGCUACCUGUUCUGGCGCACUGCCGACUACUGCAGCAAGGACUCGCUGCCGUGCCCCGUGGCCGUGCGCGUCAAUCGCCUGCUGCGCUUCCCCAGGAUGCUCGAGUUCUUCGACCGCACCGAGACGCGCACCGGCUAUCCCAACGCCUUCAGGAUCUGCAAGGUCGUCCUCGCCAUCCUGGUGCUGAUCCACUGGAAUGCCUGCCUGUACUUCUACAUCAGCUACAUCAUCGGCUUCGGCACGGACAACUGGGUGUACAACCUGAAGAACACGACGUCUCCGGAGGACAAGAACAUCACUCUCUCGCGGCAGUACAUCUACAGCUUCUACUGGUCGACGCUCACACUCACGACUAUCGGAGAGACGCCGCAGCCGGAGAACGACCUGGAGUACCUGUUUGUGGUGAUGGACUUCCUGGCGGGCGUGCUCAUCUUCGCCACCAUCGUGGGCAACAUCGGCUCCAUGAUCAGCAACAUGAACACGGCGCGCGUCGAGUUCCAGAACCGCAUGGACGGCGUCAAGCAGUACAUGGCGUUCCGGCGGGUGUCCAAGGACCUGGAGGCCCGGGUGAUCCGCUGGUUCGCCUACACCUGGGCCAACAAGCAGGCGCUGGACGAGGAGAGAGUGCUGGCCGCUCUCCCCGACAAGCUCAAGGCCGAGAUCGCCAUCCACGUGCACCUGGAGACGCUCAAGCAGGUCGAGAUCUUCCAGGACUGCGAGCCCGGCCUGCUGGAGGAGCUGGUGCUCAAGCUGCGGCUGCAGGUCUUCAGCCCCGGGGACUACAUCUGCCGCAAGGGGGACGUCGGCAAGGAGCUGUACAUCGUGAAGCGGGGGCGGCUGUCCGUCGUCGCGGACGAUGGCUCCGUCGUGCUGGCCAGGCUGGGGCCGGGCUCCGUCUUCGGCGAGGUGAGCGUGCUGGAGAUCGCGGGCAACAAGACGGGCAACCGGCGGACGGCCAACGUGCGCUCGCUGGGCUACUCGGACUUGUUCUGCUUGUCCAAGAGCGACCUGUGGGCCGCGCUGGCGGACUACCCGGACGCGCGCCACUCCCUGCUGGAGCGGGGCUGCCAGCUGCUGCGGAAGGACCGCCUGCUGGACGAGGAGGCCUUCGAGCAGGCCAAGAAGGAGCAGGAGACGCUGGCGGAGCGCGUCCUGCGGCUGGACGCGUCGAUCGAGCAGAUGAAGGAGCGCCUGGACCGCGCGGUGGCGGACCUGGGCGGCCAGCAGGCCAGGCUCAAGCAGCGCGUCUGCCGGGUGGAGGGACGCCGAGAACGAGGGACCAGUUUACGCAACAACCGCCACUCGCACUCGGAGCAGUGCGACGAGGGCGGCCACAUGUGCUGCAGCGGCCGCGGCUCCAGGGCCACGCUCGUGCCGGAGGACUCGCUGGCGCUGCCCAUGGCACUGCCCGCCGCCGUGGUCCUGCAUUGCGAUUACACGGUUGUAAUGAAAUUGUGUCCUUGA